AUGGUAAACCUGGAUUGCAUGGCAGCUUCAGUGGGCGCGGAGGGAAGCGGCGAGUACUAUGCUACUACGCUACUACGUUCUAUACACUAG